ACGACCAUGGCCAUCACACCCGAAGACCAAAUCGUCGCAGUGCUGCGCAAAGACCUCUGCUCGGAAGAUGUUGCUCUGGCCAAACGAUUCCGAGCGCUCUUCUCGCUCAAACAUCUCGCCUCACAAAAUCCCGCAACACCACAAUCGAUCCCCGCGGUUGAAGCGAUCGCUGCUGCGUUCACGAGUCCUUCUGCCCUUCUCAAACAUGAACUGGCAUACUGCUUGGGACAGUCUGGAAAAGAAGAGGCGAUACAUUUCUUAAGAGCAGUGAUUGAGGAUAGAAAGGAGGAUCCCAUGUGUAGACAUGAGGCUGCGGAGGCUUUGGGAGCACUGGGAGAUCAAACUAGUCUGCCACUUUUAAGGGAGCGCAGGGACGAUAAGAGCGAGGAGGAAGUCGUGAGAGAGACGUGUGAGAUUGCUAUUGAGAGACUGGAGUGGGAGAGCAGUGAGGCUGGGAAGAAGGAGAAGUUGAAGCAAAGCGACUUCACUUCCAUUGAUCCUGCGCCUCCUUCGGCAUUGGACGAGAAGCCCGAUAUUGUCGAAUUGCAACGAAAACUCAUGGAUUCAUCUUUGCCACUAUUCAAGCGCUACAGAGCCAUGUUCACGCUUCGAGACCUGGCCUCUCCUCCCGAUCUACCAACCGCGGUUCCCGCCAUUAAGGCCCUCGCAACCGGUCUCAAGGACUCCUCGGCUCUUUUCCGACACGAAGUUGCUUUCGUCUUUGGCCAACUGUCGCAUCCUGCUUCGAUCCCUGCUCUGACGGAGUGUCUGAGUGAUACUAAAGAGGCAAGCAUGGUUCGACACGAAGCGGCUGAGGCUUUGGGCAGUUUGGGUGACGAGGACGGUGUCGAGGAUACGCUGAAGAAGUUCUUGGACGACCCCGAGCAGGUGGUCCGGGAUAGCAUCAUUGUGGCUUUGGACAUGGCCGAGUUCGAAAAGAAUGGCGAGAUGGAGUACGCGACAGUGCCGAGUCAGAUUGAGACCACUGCGUAGGCAGUAUCGAUGCGCGUAUAGCGAGAAAAGCGAUGAUUUGAAUUACCCAUCCUUGCUGGGUCAUGGGAGGUCAAUGCAUAAGCAGGACUUAUGUUGCGUUGGACAGGACAGGUUUCGGGAGGAAUGCAAAUGGAUUUCGCGACUGUGCCCAGGCCGGGCGGAAUCCUUAGUGACCACAGAGGCGAUGGCUUUGAAAUGACGGGCCCAGCCAGUAUACCCGAUUGAAAUACCCGAUUGAAAUGAAGCGAGCACGAAAGCUCCAAGUCUUGAAUUCUGAAGUGCUUGCCACGCAGUUUGUAUUGCUCAGUUGUUCGCGUUCCACUUGUAGGCGCACUUCGGACAUGUGUAGAAAAUGGUGGAUCCUUCAUCGGCUGAUCGUAAUUGUCGCGAGUAAAAUUUCACUUCUGGAUGCCCACACCUUUCACAUGGUAGGUUAAUCGUGGCGGCGUCCUGCAUGUCGGAUUCGGAAACUUCUUGCACAUCCGAUCGGAGUCGAGUUCUCAGCGCAGAUGGAAAUGCGCUGGGUUUGCUGUGCGUUAUCACGACCUUUGAGGAGGUGUCCUUAUUUUGCAUGCCGCAUACAUCGCACGCAAUGUAUUCCUUACGCCCAGUAUUUGAGUGAAGCAAGUUGCCACAGUCGGUACAGAAGACCAGAGCGCCGAUAGCCGUCAUGUUGUCGCGAUCAAGCUAUGAUUGGCUAAGAAGUGGUCGACGUGGCGCAGCUGAUUGUGAAGUGUUUG